GAGAUGAGCUAGGUUUGUAAUAGGAGGUAGCUAGUUAGCAAGCUACCUGUGCAACAUUGUUUGGGAAAGGCAAACUACGACUACAGCUACUAAUUGCUCAGUAUACAGCAACCACGAAUUUUAGUCCCUGGAAACGCUUUACACUUCUUAAUCUCCUGUGCUCUCUGGUUGGGCGGGGUUGGUUGGAGAGCAGCAGGUGACGAUGGUGAAGCCAGACAUGCACACUCUGGCCCACCACCUGAAGAACGAGCGCCUGUAUGUGGCGUCGGAGAAGCAGCUGAUCCAGCGGCUCAACGCCGACGUGCUGAAGACCGCGGAGAGGCUUCACCGUGCGGCAUGGAUCGGCAAGCAACAGCGCAUCAACCUGGACCGCCUCAUCCUCACCAGUGCGGAGGCUUCGCCAGCAGAGUGCUGCCAGCACGCCCGGGCCCUGGAGGACGCGCAGUUCCUGGAGGGCUACAAGGCGCUGGGCUUCCAGGAGAGCGCGUACGGGGAGUUCCUGGGCCAGCUGAGGGAGAGCCCGCGGCUGCUGGCCUCCUGCCUGGUGGCGGGGCAGAGGCUGAACCAGGAGCACGCGCUGACCGUGCUGCACUGCGCCUUCUCCUCGCUCUACGGCAACGGCGUCAUGCCUGAGGACGAGGCCUACCUGCUGCAGGUCCUGCGCUACCUGAUCGAGUUCGAGCUGAAGACCAGCGACGACCCCCGGCAGCUGCUCUGCCGCUCCACCUGCGCCUUCAGCGUCCUGUUCCGGCUCUUCUCCGAGGGCCUGCACGGCGCCAAGCUCUUCCUCACCGCCACGCUCCACGAGCCCGUCAUGCUGCUGCUGGAGAGCGACGAGGACCCCCUGGAGACGGACGCCGCCCGGCUGCCCGAGCGCCACGCCCCGGACCAGCGGGAGCGGCUGUUCGGGGAGCCGGGCUCCAAGGGCUACGAGCGGAGGGUGCGGGAGACCGCCGAGGCCAACCGGGCUAAACUGGCGGGCCUGGUGGAGCGCUUCAUGGGCUCUCUGCGGCAGAGCGUGUACUGCUUCCCCCCGGGCCUGCGCUGGGUGCUGGGCCAGCUGCACGGCAUGCUGGAGCAGGUGGAGGGGCCCCAGGAGGCGCGGGCCCUGUGCGCCCACCUGCUGUUUGCCUGCUUCAUCUGCCCCGCCGUGGUCAACCCCGAGCAGCACGGCAUCAUCGCCGACGCGCCCGUCAACGAGGCGGCGCACUUCAACCUCACGCAGGUGGCGCAGUUGCUGCAGCAGUUAGCCGUGGGAGAUCCAGAUGAAACACAGUCUCUCCAAUGGAGCGGCCUGUCCAAGUUUGAUAAAAGCUGUGUAUCUGCCUUCUUGGAUGCUGUGAUUGGUGGAAGAGUGUUGGAGAGCCCACCCAUUUCGUUGAAUAACCUAUUGGAGGGCCUGAGCAGGACCGCUGUCUAUGUGACACAGUGUCAGCUGUUUACACUGGUGGAGUUUGUGCAGAGCCUGAUGGAGGGGGAUCACCUCUCAGAGCAGGACCAGCAGGCCCUGGACACCCUGCUGACCUGCCUCCCUCAGCCCCAGCCUGGGAAGAGAAAUAGCCUGGAGCCAGCCCCCACCAACACCGCCCAGCUGUCCCCUGGCACUGCUCCCAAGAGGAACCGCCUGGCAGGACAGCAGCUGGCCGCCAUCACGUCCUGGGAGCCCUCUGCCGCGGCCCUCUCCACUCACAUUCCUUUGGUCACUGGAUUCAUCAUUCCCCCAGCCUCCCGCAGUCGUAGCCGCAGCAACCUGGCCCAGGAUAGCGAGCCAGAGGCCAGCUCCCAGGAGUCCCUGCUGGAAGUGAUGCCAGAGGAAGUGCUGGUGAUCUCGCUGGGCUCCGCCCCAGAGAUUCUCCCGGGCAUGAUGUCAGAGAACGAGGUGCUGUCCCUACAGGGGCAGGGGGAGGGACCGGCGGACGAUGCCAAACUCCACAACAAACCGGACAAGACCCUGCGCUUCUCUCUGUGCAGCGACAACCUGGAGGGCAUUUCAGAGGGGCCCUCGAACCGCUCUAACUCUGUGUCGUCUCUGGACUUGGAGGCGGAGUCUGUGUCGGAGCUGGGGACGGGGCCGUCGGUGGGCGAUGGCGUGGAGGCGCUGCAGCUCCUGGAGCACGAGCAUGCAACCACCCAGGACAACCUGGACGACAAGCUGCGGAAGUUUGAGAUCCGGGACAUGUUGGGCCUGACGGACGACCGCGACAUCUCGGAGACGGUGAGCGAGACCUGGAGCACCGACGUGCUGGGCAGCGACUUCGACCCCAACGCUGAGGAGGACCGGCUGCAGGAGAUCGCAGGGGCUGCGGUGGAGAACAUGUUGGGGAGCCUGCUGUGCCUCCCAGGCUCUGGCUCUUUGCUGCUGGAUCCCUGCACUGGAUCCACCAUCUCAGAGACCACCAGCGAGGCCUGGAGCGUGGAGGUCCUGCCCAGCGACUCGGAGGCGGCCGAUCUGAAGCAGGAGGAGCGGCUGCAGGAGCUGGAGAGCUGCUCCGGGGUGGGCAGCACCUCCGACGACACCGAGGUGCGAGAGGUCAGCUCCCGACCCAGUACGCCUGGACUGAGCGCCGUGUCAGGCGUCAGCAUGGUGUCGGAGGACAUCCCCGGUAAGACGGAGGACCUGUCUGAGUGCAGCUCCGACUGUGGGGGCAAGGACUCCGCCACCAGCCCUGAAGGGGACGAGCCAGCCCACGGAGCUCACCACCUGGCCUCUCCGCCCUCACAUGCAGACAUGCUGGUGAUGUUUGACCCGCUGGCCUCUGCAGAAGGGUUCUCCUCGGGAACGGUGGUGAGACCCAAGGUGCCCCACGCCCGUCCGCCCCACCCUCCCCCGGACCCUCCCAUCCCGGAGGCGUACGCCGUGGGGCAGGAGCCCCGCCUCUCCCUGUUCGUGCCCGGCCACCUGGGGCAGUUGGAGGCGGAGCCCGGCAAACUGAGGCACUCCUAUCCCGACAGGAUGGUGCGCAGCCGAAGCACCGACAUGGCCUGCCCCGCCCGCCGGCCAAACAGCGACCCCGGAGUCCUCCGCAGGGGCGCGGCCGAUGACAGAGACCCCGCCUCCUCACCCAGUAGGAACUCGCUGAUAGGAGAGGUAGAGGAGAGGAAGGACAGCGAUGACGAGAAGGCGGAUCGGAGCAGGCCCUGGUGGAAGAAGCGCUUUGUGUCGGCCAUUCCCAGAGCUCCGAUGGCGGCGUUCCGGAAAAAGGACAGGCAGGAGCGAGAGGAGGCGGGGUCGGAGCGCCCUCAGCAAGAGGAUGCCGUGUCCAGACUGAGCACCCAGGCACAGGCGGCAGAGGACAUCCUGGACAAGUACCGCAACAUCAAACGCAGCAGCCCCAGCGACGGGGUGUCAGGGGCCACGGUCUACGAGGAGCCGGAUGUCUGUGGGGAAGGUGAGAGUGGUAUGCAGGAGGCUCUCAGAGAGGACGCUCUACAGAACCUCUCCACAGAAGACCUGCCGGACUCCGCCAGCCAGACCGCUCCACCUCACGACCACAGAUACACAUUCAGUGAUGCUAAGAAGAAGCUGAGACUGGCUCUGUGUUCUGCAGACUCUGUGGUCCUGCCCCUCCUUCCCAUUACCUCCAUACGCAACGGUCUGCCUGACCACACCGAAUCUGAGGAGAAUGAGAUUGUGUGCUUCCUGAAGGUGCAGUUGGCAGAGGCGAUUAACCUGCAGGAUAAGAGCAGCAUGGCGCAGAUCCAGGAGACCAUGCGCUGCAUCAGUGGCCUGGACCCGCGCACCUGCAGGAAGCUCCUUACCGCCAUCGCCGACGACUACAGGAAGAGGGCGCCCUACAUCGCCUACCUGACCAGGUGUCGGCAGGGCCUGCAGACCUCUCAGGCCCACCUGGACCGCAUGCUGCAGAGGGUGCUGCGGGACAAGGACGUGGCCACACGCUACUUCACCACCGUCUGCGUGCGUCUCUUCCUGGAGGGCAUGGAGGCCAAGAUGCAGGACUUCAGCAAAGCGUUCCAGGGGUGCACGGCUUCUGACGACAAGACGGCGUCGGUGGAGGACUUCCUGCGCUACCUGUACGGCGCCAUGGCCCACGAUGCCACCUGGCAGUACGCCAGCGAGGAUCAGCUGCAGGAUGCACAGGUGGCCAUAGAGCGCAGCGUCAUGAACCGCAUCUUCAAGCUCGCCUUCUACCCCAACCUGGACGGGGACGUGCUCCGAGACCAGGUGCUACAGGAACAUAUACAGCGGCUCUCCAAAGUGGUCACGGCCAAUCACAAGGCACUCCAAAUCUCAGAGGUGUACCUGAAGGAGACGCCGUGGCCGUCAGCACAGGCAGAGAUCCGGGCCAUGAGCGCGUACAAGACGCCGCGGGACAAGGUGCAGUGCAUCCUGCGCAUGUGCUCCACCAUCAUGAACCUGCUGAGCCUGGCCAACGAGGACUCUGUGCCCGGAGCCGACGACUUCGUGCCCGUGCUCGUGUUCGUGCUCAUUAAGGCUAACCCCCCCUGCCUGCUGUCCACGGUGCAGUACAUUGACAACUUCUACGCCAGCCGCCUCAGCGGGGAGGAGUGCUAUUGGUGGAUGCAGUUCACCGCUGCCGUGGAGUUCAUCAAGACCAUCGAUGACCGCGACCGCAAGUGAAGCCCCCUGUGCACACUGGGGCGGAGGAGGAGCUUAGAGCAGUCUCCCAAGGGAUCCACCAAUCAGCGAAGCCUCAGACUCUCUGUAGUUUGUUUAUCUGUUUAUAGAGCAUUGGGGGGAGUCCAAGGACUCUGGGUCUUGUGUUUAUUGCCUGGUGUUUUUAACAUCAGAAUCUUCUGGUUUUCUUUUUUUGACAUUCGAGUGAAACUAAGGAAAUGUAUGCGUUAAGCCUUAAAACUUCGCUUUACAAUUUGUGGCUGGAUAGACCUACCCCUCACCUCAGCACUUUUGGGGGAAAAAAAGCAUUGAGGCAUUGUUUUAGAAGAUGGUCAAUAAAUACGACUUAAGAAAUAAACCGGUUUCACUUUUAAAAAGUGAAAGACAAAGGGAGAAAAGAGAUAUAGAUAUGAACCUGUAUUUCAGAAGUCGCUUUCGUUGUUCUUUUUUUUAUUCUCUUUCCCUUUGGAAAUGUUCUGUAUUGCAACAAAACUUACCUUUAGAUGUGUACCGAUCACAUGACCCAGAAUUUGAAAGGACCACAUUUCUUUAUUCCAGGAAUCUUUCGUAGGGAGGGAUUUAAAUAGUGUUUGCUGUUGCUUUUUGGUCCCCAGCAUUGUGAAAGCAGGUAGUCGGCUGGAACCCUGCAGUAACCUGGGUAUUAUGCACUGGUAGUGGCUCUUCUGCUAACAGAAGUUUCUGGAAAGGCCCCAGUUCUCCCCGCCCAGUGCCCACUGGUUGUAGACUACCGAGAGAACGGACAACUGUGCUUACAGUGGUAGUAUUGGAGUUUCAGUACAGUCCUUUCAGGAAGCGAAUUGAACAAGUGUAAUUAAUUGUUCAAAAGUGCAUUACAUUUGUUGCAUUACAGUUGAAAUUGAAUUGACCUCCCAGCCUUGGCUGAUGUAAGAUCUUCCUGCCAAUGGAAAUAUCCCAUUCUCUCUACGGAAUGUACAAUAUUUUCUCUCGGGUCUGUUUUAAGAGCAUACUCUACACACCAAUACAUCCGUCUGAAGGACAAUGUUGAUGCGGUUUAACAGGACAGAGGAGAUGACCGGGUUGUAUGGUUAAUCCUGCUUUGACUUCCAGACUCUGACUUUGUCUCAUUGUCUCUGCACAUACAGUGCAGACUGUCGUCUUCAUAGGAAGUUUCUUUUCUUUCUUUUUUUUUUAGGUCACACUCCGUUGAUGUUUUUUAUAAUAAUCGUCAUCAUAAUGGCUUUUUGGAAAUGUAUAUGUUAUUGCCAAUUUUGAGAUUUAAAAUGGAUAAGAGCUGAAGAGGCAAAGUGAGUUAAAAAUGAUAAAUAUGUAUUUAUAUUUUUCCAAAAGUUAGACUAUGAAAUGACAGGAAAGUAUCAAUGAAUGUAUUAAUCUCCCAUGUUUUUGGAAUAGGAUACAGUGGAGAAGACAUGAUGUUAUCGCUGAAGAGUUCUAGAAACGGUGCACCUUGUGGGGUGGGGCUAGAUGAGCCUCCACUCAACCAACCAAUCCACCUCUUAGGAUCGGAGGGCAGAGUCAUUUGAUUGGUUCACAUUUGAAAGGACUUCCAAUGGUUGGACAGAGUUCAACUUUUCAUAGAGGGUGUGGCCACUAAUGCGAGUUACAGUUCCUUCAGGAACUGUAAAAAAAAAAAAAAAAAAAAAGUUUUCAUAAGUAAAGCUUUCUUAAAUGUAAUAUGCAAAGCUACUGAGAACAUUUUAAAUGUAGAAUAUAUUGAGGUUUUCUGGGGCAUAUAAUUGAACUGUAAAAUCUACUGCCAGCCAGCAGAGUGGAGCUAACAUGACCUCACAGAAUUAAUGGGGAGGGAAGAUCACCGUGGUGAAGCUGAUCUCAUACUCAAGCACUUUAUAUUCGGAAACCGAACAACCAUUUUAAACUUUUUAUAUAAAGCUUUCCCUUAACGGAACACUUUAUGUUGCUGUGCAUUUGAGCAGGAAAGCUGAUUAUCAGACUCGCUUUACGUACCAGUUGGCUACCAAAGGGAUCGACGUGUCCUGAUAUCUAGCUUGAGCCUAUCUCUGGCUGCAGUAGGUGUAUUUUUGCCAUUUUUAUAAUGGAGAAGGCGUCCAUUUGUGCCGAUUUGUGCUUCAUAGGGUCCUUCCUGUUUUCGAAGGCAUUUAUUUUUGUCCUGUUCUUCCUCCUAAUUGGUUUGUUUUACAAAAGGGAUUCCUCACCAGAUGACAACCACAAUUUCUGGAGUAUUUUCUAGAAAUGCAAAUGCACCUUGGAAAAUUGGUUAAUGCAUUUUUUCUCCAAAUGGGAAUGCACCUUCAAAUAUUUACCUCACAGAAGUCGUGUACAUUCCUCUAGGCUGCAUUUGGCUCACUUGAGCAUAUUUUAUGCAGACCGAAUGUGUACAGUUUAGAUUAUAGACCUCUGAUAUUAAGUGAUUUUUCUAUGGAAUACAUUCUUUUUUAUUUUUUCAUACUCACUUGUCAGGGUGUAAGAGAUGGCUGCAUGAGGUAGUAUUGUUCAGUAUGUUCUUGUACAGUUUUUUUCACUGACAUAAAUCUGCUGUGAUUUGUGGGGAAAAGGCUUCAUGUGUAUUUUGUAAACUAUCAUAAAAAUUGUAAGGGGUUCUUAGGAUUUUCCUUAUUAAAUGUAAAAUAUACUUUGGGUGUAUCUUGUAUAUAUUCUGUGGGGAGAAACUUAGUGAAAGAUGUAUCCUCCUUCAGUAAAGAAAUUACUCCAGACCAGACUUGGGUCAAAUAUGUAUUAAAUACUUUAAUGAAAUUGACAGUAAUCCGCAGUAAUGUAUUGGUCUCUUAAGGGGUAAACCAUUUCAAACAGAGCUGUGUUAUAUCCUGAGUAUGGCCUGUACAACCCACAGCACUGGAAAAACACUGGAUUCUGUCUAUGGCAAUUUUUAUUAUUUAUUUAUACCAUGUCGUAAUAUUGAAAAAUAAGGUCUAAAUACGGGUAACUACUAUACAUCUGUUUGCAGCAGGCUGACGCAUGCUUGUGGAACAGGUUGAUGAAUCUUGUCAAUGUCUGAGACUGAGGUUGUGUUCAGAGCACCACUGGACCCUAGCUGCACUCAUGCUCUGUGUGCUACGCUAAAGGCUGAUUCCUCAUAAAGGCUGGCUUUAAGUAGGAAGGUGAAAACCCCAAAAGCAAUGAACUAUUUAUUUAAAACGCUCAAAAUGUUGUGUGUAGGUUCAGAACUCUCUAGCUGAAUGGUACCUGCACACAUGACAAUCUCCCCAAAGCAGACUGAAUACCAGUUUGCUUGCAUACGAACACGUGUGCACACACUUCUCAAAGCCGAUACAGUUUUAAUUAAGUCCGUUCAAGAAAAUAAUUGCCUGUCAAUUCACAAAUUGAAUAAUGUCAGGUUCUAUGAGGAAAGAAAUGUCCUUAUUUCCUGGAUUCACUGAAUUGUAGUGUAUCUAAUCUUGCAGUUCAGUUAUCCACACCCACAUGCUCACACAACUAUUACUCCUUGGUCAGGGAAACUGAAAACCUUUGUUUUGUUUUGUUUUUUUAAACAAAUGUCUGUGCUUCCACAAUCUUCCACAAUCUUGCACACAAGGGAUUAUAAUUCUCCAUUUUGUGAUUAAUGCACCAUAUCAUUCUCUGGAUUAAUUAAAAACAGAACCUGA